AUGGGUAUCCCUCACUUUCUUUGUAUACCAUUUCCAAUUCAAGGACACGUGAAUCCCCUCAUGCAAUGUUCUCUUCUGUUGGCCAAACAUGGUUGCAAGGUCACUUUUGUGCACACAGAGUUCAGCUACAAACGAGCCAAUACUGCAGGUGGUGACAACAUGGAGGAGGCACAAGUCGAGUUGGUGACUCUCCCUGAUGGGUUGGACCCUCAGGAUGACAGAAGCGAUGUGGCCAAACUUCUCUUUUCAAUGAAAAGCACCAUGCCUGCUUUGCUUCCAAAGCUCAUACAUGAUAUUAAUGCCUCAGAUGUUGAGAAUAAGAUAACAUGUAUAAUUGUUACAAUAAACAUGGGUUGGGCUUUGGAAGUUGCCCACAAACUGGGAAUCAAAGGGGCUCUUCUCUUUCCGGCAUCUGCAACUUCCUUAGCUUCUGCUGCCUGCAUCCCGAAGCUCAUUGAAGAUGGCAUUAUUGAUUCUCAAGGAGUUCCCACCAAAAAUCAAGAAAUUCAACUCUCUCCAAAUAUGCCUAUGAUGGACACAUCUUACUUUCCUUGGCGUGGCUUUAAGAAGAUCUUCUUCGAACAUCUUGUGCAAGAGAUGCAAACUUUGAAGUUAGGAGAGUGGUGGCUUUGCAACACUAGUUAUGGUCUUGAGCCAGGAGCAUUUUCAAUAUCACCAAAGUUCCUACCCAUUGGCCCAUUGAUGGAAAACAGCAACAGAAGUUCAUUUUGGGAAGAAGACACAGGUUGUUUGGAGUGGUUAGAUCAGCAACCACCUCAGUCUGUUGUGUAUGUUUCCUUUGGCAGUUUGGCAGUAAUGGACCCCCACCAAUUUAAAGAAUUAGCUCUCGGACUUGAUCUCCUUCACAGGCCUUUUAUUUGGGUUGUGCGUCCAGCUAAUGACGACAAGGAAAAUGUCAAUUCAUACCCUCGUGAUUUUCAUGGAAGUAAAGGUAAAAGAGUUGGUUGGGCACCACAGAAGAAGAUAUUGAACCACCCUUCAUUGGCUUGCUUCAUUAGUCACUGUGGUUGGAAUUCUACCCUAGAGGGUAUAUGUGCUGGUGUACCUUUCUUGUGUUGGCCAUGUACCACUGACCAAUUUCUUAACAAAUCUUAUAUUUGUGAUGUGUGGAAGAUUGGACUAGGACUAGACAAGGAUGAAACUGAAAUAAUUUCAAGGGGAGAGAUAAGGAAGAAGGUGGAUCAACUUCUUGUUGAUGAAGACAUUAAAGCAAGGUCUUUGAAAUUGAAGGAGCUGACCCUGAAUAACAUACAAGAAGGUGGACAGUCAUCAAAGAAUCUCAACUUCUUUAUGGAUUGGGCUAAGUAA